AUGUCGAGCUGCUCCGACGAUUCGUUGGAUUCACUUUUUCAUUACGAGCCGAGCCGCGUAGAUGCCGAGGCGAGAGGUACGGCAGAAUCCUCCGAGGCGUCUGUUUCGCCGAGCCCCUCCAAUCGCUCAUCUGACGAAGUGUCAAACCAUGCAAACCCAUCAGAUGUCGGCUCUCCGGAUGGCGAGCCGUCGGUUUCGACGAACCGUCCCCAGGAUCCUGUUCCUGAUGAGGACAUUAACCGCGCCGCACUCAAGGCCGAGGAGGAGGCAUUUCCCUUUGAUCUUUUCAAGGCGAAGCUUGAAUUGGAACGUCUCAUGGCGUCCCGAGGCGCUUCCACAUCUGGGCGAGGGCCGAGAGUUAAGAGACAAAAACCUGACCCGCCUGGCUCAACACUCUGCUCCCUUGAGUCGCUCGAGGCGUUGAGGCAUCGCUUCGGGAUAUCCGAGGCGGUGGAGUUUGUCGUUCCAGAGAAGAGCGACCGUGUCGACAACCCUCCAGAGAAUCAUUUCACUCUGUACGAGGCGUUCUUCGAGCUUUGCUUCCUCUGGUUCCCAAUCCCCGGAGUGAUCCUCAAAUAUCUCUGGAAACACGGGAUCUCGAUUGGGCAAAUCAUGCCGAGGGGAUUACGGCAUAUGAUUGGUAUCUUAGUUCGAAGCUUCGAGUGCGGAGUUAAUAUCGAGCUGAAUUACCUGCUGAACUUGCUGGAAGUCAGGAAAGCUCCGAAGGGAAAUAGAUUCUAUAUUUCCAACAAGGCGAAGCGACGGAUCAUCGACGGUUUUCCCAGCAAGGAUCAGUUUUGGACUGAACGCUUCUUUUACGUCUUGGUGAACGAGGCGUCGGUCGGCGAGAAUUACGUUCAAAGAACCAAGACCGCUUGGGGACCACUUGGUAGCCGACCCGAAGCUUUGCCUCGGCUCGGAACUAUUUUUGAGAAAGGAAGAGGCGCGAGGAAGAGGAGGCCACUAGACGAGCUGCCGAGGGCGGCUCAUGCGCAAACCGAGGCGGUUCAAGCCGAGGCGGUUUCAGCGCAAGCCGAGGCCGUCCCUCAACCCGACCCGCCGAGCCGGGAAGGGGAUGUAAUGGUCCGAGUCGCAGAAGGCAACACUGCCGAGGCGGCUGAAAAAGAUGCAGCGCCCGAGGUGGAACCGGGCGAAAUAAUCCCCGAGGUGUCUGGAGACGGCUCGGCAACGCAGAGUAAGACUCCUUCGCACUCCGCCAUCCUGGCCCUCCCGAAGUCGACGAGGCCAUCGACUUCGGUUGUUCAGAAGCAUGACUCUAUCCGAAAACGUUCGGCUACUGAAAAAGGGAAGGGCAUCGCCGUUCAGAAGGACGAGCCGUCCAAGAAGAGGCGGAAGCCGACGCCCGGGGACCCUGCCGCGCACAAGUUGGUUGUCAACGACCCCGACGCCUCUGCCGUCAUGUUCUCGCGUGUAAAAAACGCGAGCACGCGCUUUCCUCCUCCGGAAAAGCUGAGGAGGCCGAGGUCGUACGGCGCGAUGGCACAGCGCGGUACCAAGUUUGUCGCGGCCAUUAACGACCUGAUGGCCGAGUACGAGGCGGACUUGUCUAAGGUCGAAGGUCGCUUAGACGAGGCCCGAGGCAAGACUGCGGCGUCAAAGGCGAAGCUGGAAGAGGCCCAGAACGAGGCCGCGGCGGCGAAAGGGAAACUCGACGAGGCGAUGUCCAGAGUGUCGAGGCUGGAAGAAGAGAAAAUAGUUCUCCGCGCCAAUGUUGACAAAGUUUCCGCCUCGGUGAUUCGCCUGGAGGAGGCAAGGAGAGCCAAAAGCGCCGAGGUGGUGUUGCUGAAGAGGCGUAUCGAGGCCAAGGACGCCUUGUUUGACAUCAAGGUCAAGCGGGCGAAAAAGGAGGCGAGGCGAGAGCUUACGGUGAAGUUUCAGGAACGCCUCGCCAAGGUGGAGGAGGGUUUGGCCAAGCUCGAGAAGGCCAAAAACGACGAGAACGAUCUGGGGCAAAUCAAGGGCAACCUUGCGAUGAUUGCCGUAUUGAAGAGACCAGACGCCCCGACGCUCGAUGAUGAGGAGGCGCAGCUAAAGAGCUGGGAGAGCGAAUAUGCUGACGACGACACGUAUGAGCGUAUUGCCUCCGAGAUCCGAGGCGAGCUGGUUUUCUCGCCCGUAUCGCCGGAUUCGGUCGACACCAGCCUAGGUAACGAGCCGCUCGAAGAGACGGCGGCCAACUUAGGCGUCGUUGAUCCAAACGGAUCGAACGCGGGCACGCCGGUCCUCUUGAACCUCCUUGCCGAGCGUGAAACGCAGUCCGUGGCCUGA